GAGCUGAGCACGGCUCGCAGCAGGUUCAGGGAACAGUGGCAGCUCAUGAAUCAUGACGCUCGCCACGAGGCCUUCGAGGAUUGGCAGAACACGCCUGCAGAGAUGGUGCCCGCUGACGCCCAGGCGCCCGCGUAUGCCACUUCCUGGGGUCGAGGUUGCCGCUCGUCCCCGAUCUCCUGCGAGGAGUUCUACGAGUGGCAUCACUUGCACGGUUGGCCGACCAAGGACAUGCGGGUGUACAAUUUUGCAAACUUCACGGAAGACUUCGAGUGCGAUGCUGCCGACGACCUGGUCGUCCGCGCUGAGCCCAUCCCUGACCUUCCAGACUUCAGCCUGUGGGGCUGCGGCAGGAAAGCUCGGCCUGUUCCUCGGGCAACGGUGCCAAACGUUCAGCAGUUCCACUUGAUAGAAAAUGGCAUUCACAACCUCCUGGCACGUUUAACGAGGCCCGCCGCCGAUGUCGGCGACGUGUUGAUCAUGGUGGAGGGCCACUCACUGGAGAACCCAGCCAGCCGGAUGCGCUUCGUGGGUAUCAUUUCGGGCACGUUUUACAAUCCGAAG